UUGACUUCGGUACCUCAAAAGCUGUACAUUUCAGAGAGAGAGAGAGAGAGAGAGAUUAUAUUUCAAGAGAGACGAGCCUGCGUCCCUGCGUCUCUCUCUCUCUCUCUCUCUCUCUCUGUCUCAUGCUUUCAAGGUCAUGGACAUCGAUCUAUCUUUGAAGCUAGACGCUGAAGAAGAAGGCGAAAGAUCAACCGAAGAUCGUUGCGAAGUGCAAGUGGCUGAUCAUCACAAUGAUCAGGAACGCGUGGGAAGUCCAGAAGAAGCUGAGGGUGUGGUGACAACUGCUUCAGGUGAAGAACAAGAACGACGAGAAGAAGAAGACCGCGAUGGUGAUGAAGAACAUGGGUCGGCCAAUUUAUCAUUACAAGAUAGUAUGAAAACGGAAGAGUUAUGCGUUUUAAAGAAGGAGAUGGAUCGGAUGAAAGAAGAAAACAAGGCUUUGAGGAGGGUGGUGGAGCAAACAAUGAAGGAAUACAAUGAUCUCCAGCUCAAAUUCGACGAUGUUCAUCAAUCCAACCAAUCAAAGGAUCCUUCAACCUUUCUUUCGCUCUACACAAAUGGAAAACCCGAUCACGAACCAAAAUCUAUGUCCAACCCCAAAGAGAACUCUCCGUCGCCAUCCCCAAAAAACGACGCCCUCAGGGAGAGCGAUCUAGGGUUGUCACUGGGGUUGCAAAUUGGCGCCAACCCACAAGGAAUACAAGUGCAUAAAGAAGAUGGCAUCCGCAAGGACCAAAAUCACACAAAUUUCCCGUUGAUACACGACAAGAUCCAAAGGAACGACCAAUUUGCAGGCGUAACAAGUCAUGUCGCCUCCAUGCCCAACAGGAAAUCCCGAGUCACAGUUCGAGCGAGAUGCGAAGCAGCUACGUUGAGCGAUGGUUGUCAAUGGCGAAAGUACGGUCAGAAAAUUGCGAAAGGGAAUCCAUGUCCUCGAGCAUAUUACCGGUGCACCGUGGCACCAGGAUGUCCAGUGAGAAAACAGGUGCAAAGAUGCUUGGAGGACAUGUCCAUCUUGAUAACAACCUAUGAAGGAACACACAACCAUCCCCUCCCAGUGGGUGCAACAGCCAUGGCCUCAACAGCCUCCAAUGCAGCCUCUUUUGUAUUACUUGAUUCAAGCAUGAAUCCUCUCUCGUCGAAUGGAUCUAUGUCUUCAAAUUUCGUCAACGCGCAACCGUCAUCGCUUCCCUAUCACAUCGCAAACUCCAGCGCUCCCUCUCAAUUUCCAAGAGCGCGAAGCUUCAACCCUAGCAACGACCCCUCUAAGGGCAUCGUUCUCGAUCUCACCCACGUGAACCCCUAUGAGCUGCCGCACAACUUGCCGAUGAGGACGACUUCUUCCAUGAAUUACCCGUUGUCUCAUCUGGAUACCUCUUGGAUGAGCAGAAGGCCGAGCUACGACGCUUUCUCAGGCAAUUCGAGAGGGACAGACAAGCCACCAGGAUCGGCCGAGAACGUGAGUGCGAGCUCCUUCGCCUGUGAUCCCCAGUUUAGGGUUGCUGUGGCGGCUGCUUUGACGUCGCUCAUAAAUAACAAAGAGAAGAGCGGGGCAAUAAUGAGCGAGAGCCAUCGUCCUAUGGAGCCCUCUUCAUCAAAUAGGGAUGGGGAGAGUGGUGGCUCAUCAAACGGUGGCGGCAACAACCUGGUUCUUGAGUCUUUCUCUCCUAAUGGUAAGCCAAUUCAACUCUUACCAUAAAGUUACUAGAAUCUUGCGCCCAGAAAAAAAAAGAAAAGAAAAAAAGAAUAAGUGCUGUAAUUUAAAUUCACAGACAAGUCGAAAUGUAUACUUUCAGAUCCUAAGCACCCUUAUCUUUUCAAGCUCUUUCUAGUGUGGUCAAUCCUAGGGUUAAUACAACCAGCAGUGGAUUUGUUUAGUCUGGUUUUCCUUUCAUGUUCUUGAGUUCCAGAUAUCUCUUCUUUCAUGUGUAUUUAUAUAUUCCAACUCCAAUCUCAAGGCAAAGCUCCCAUGAUCUUA